CCUUACACUACUUUUAAAUAAAAUAAUAGAGAAGCACUGUCAAUCACUGAUCUACUCAUACUAUAAAUAGAUGGCAUAUGAUGACUCAAAUUAUUUACAUCGAUGGCAAGAAAAUCCAUAACCAAAACUCAGCUGCAGUAACACAUUUGAUCCUGGUCUGUCUGCUUCAUUCGAAUUUCCGAGCAAUUGGAAGCAGCUCCGGCACCCGUUGAUUUUGCACCUUCUAACAUAACAGAGUCGAUCAUUCUCCUAACGCUUUUUCAUUCACGGUUUUAUGUUCGUCAUUCUUUGUCGAUUCUUCCCCUCUUAUAUCUUAUAUCAGAAAGAGCUAUACAGCUCGGAAGAAAAGGAAAAAAUCAGUACCUCCCAAAAAAAGUCAGAUAACUAGCUAGUAAUGGAUACCGUGAACAGAUUAGUGGAGCAAAAGCCUUUAGUAAUCUUCAGCAGAAGUUCAUGCUGCAUAAGCCACUCAGUGAUUAAACUGAUCAGUGGCUAUGGAGCAAAUGCAACAAUUUAUCAACUAGAUGACAUUUCCAAUGGGCAAGAAAUAGAUAGACCGCUACAAAGGCUAGGACUAAGGCCGAGUAUUCCUGCAGUUUUCAUAGGCCAAAAAUUAGUUGGUGGUGCUAAUGAGAUUAUUAGCCUGCAGGUUCAAGGAAGACUCGUGCCAAUGUUGAAAGAGGCCGGAGCUCUAUGGGUUUAGAAUAAAAAUUAAAUGAAAUCUCACAAGAAAAGUAUCAUGCUAUAAAUUUGAGUUUUGUAAUUUAGGAGGAUAUAAAAUUUUCUUCUUAUUCCUUCCAUCUGCAUUUUUGUUAG